UGCAUGGGCCGAUGGAUGUGGCGUUGGCUUGUCGUACUAUUGAGGGAGGCCUUGUGGCUGAGAGGGAGGACAGGUUUCUGGUAUUUAGGCAAGCAUUGUACGUCUCUGUGAAUAAUUAUCUAUUUAAAGUCUCUUGCAAAAAGUUGGAUUUUGAAAAUUUCAUGUCAAAAUCCUACUCUACAUACACUAGAUCCAAAAGUUGUGUUGCAGAAGAAAGAUUUUGAAAGUACAACAUCUCUAUCAAGAACAUCUCAAGUUAACGCCACCCUUUCUUAUCAAGGAUGCCUACCCCUCUUGAUAGAGCUCUGAGCUCCAAAGUAAGUUUCUUAAACACCAACCCAAAGCAUCCCACUAAAACAUGUAUAGAACGCAGUAUUAGCUUUCACGGGAAUUGUGACUGCAGCUGCAGCAUGGUCCAUCUGGGGUAGUGAUAUGUUUCCAAGGGAAGAAGAUCCUACCGGUGGUACGAAAGACUCAUAUAUCAACUGAUGAUGUGAUACUAAACUAAUUCACAAAUAGAUCCAGCAACAUGGUCAAGAGAAGAAUUACGAAGAUGGUUGGCAGCUGUUAGUACCCUUGGAGCUCCUCUCUUCAUUUGCUUCAAAUAUAUCACUCGUAGAUAUUAACCAUUUCCUGUAUAGAGAGAUCUCCAUCCACAAAGCAAAGACACCAAGGAGCAGUUGUUGGAGAGGGUAAAUGCAAACUUACGAGUACCAACAAAGUCAUGAAGUCACGGUAGUUAUGGGUUAUUGUGGCAUGGGAAUUGGAUAGGUUGGAGUCAGCACUUCAAAAACUGCGUUUAUGAUUAGUUCUAGCAGGGAAAGCGUUAGGUCACUUGUGUUCAGCAUGCAUUGAUAUUAAUGGAUUGCCUUAAAUAACAGCUUUACCUGGGUUAUUUCAGUUUUCCGUAAAAUCUCAUAGAAUCUCGCCAUGCAAAUUAGUC